CUCGUCACUGACACCCACCGCUUCCGCCUCUCCUCCGCUCCCGCCAUGACCGGCACCUCCCCGUUCGAUACACUACCCUCCGACCGCGGCGACGACGCUGUCUGGAGCAGGCGUAUCCUUACUGACCUUCCAUACGCCGGCACAGCCCUCACCAACCCCAUUCACAAGGGCUAUUCAUGGCGAGCCAGCGUUGGCCUCCGAUCGACUCGCCUCCUCCUCUGUGGCGCACCCCGGCGAGCCACCGCCGGCUCACAAGGCGGGCCUGGCUCGCGUCCAGCAUGGGACUCGGCCGACAAUGUCGAGUGGCCGCACACCAACGCUGCGUACACGCCUACAGCGAUUGCAAAGGACCCCCAUGCCAGCAUGUGGGGACAAGACGUCGGACCCAUGGGCCGCAUCCUGCACGGCGACAACCAGCCCCCGGCCAUCGUCGAGGUCCACCACGUCUCCACGAAGCAGAACGCCCGCGUCGUGGCGCGUGACGUGCACGGCGGGUUGUGGCUGCGAGAUUCUGCAUCAACUGCCGAGCCGCUCAGCUUUCCGGGCUUUGUCUCCCUCCCCGUGCCGUUCCGCGCCACUAUGGUUGAGCCCACAGCGGACGGGCUCUUGGUUCUCGAUGACAACCACGACCUAUGGGAGUUGGACCCACUGUACUGCUGCGCCUUCCCGCGCAAGCUUCCACCCCUGGCUAAGGACGAACGUGCUGCCAAGAUCGUCGCGACUGGUGGCGCUGGCAUUGUCCUCCUUACUUCGCAUGGCAAGGUGUGGUGGGGUCACGACGCGACGAACAAGCAUUUCGAAGGCCGCAAAUGCACGGCUUGGACAGAGUACGCAGCCGAGUGCGAGCUGGGCGGGCGCGGAACUGCGCGCGCGAGCUCGACUUCGCCCCGCGAAGGUUGGGAGUGGCCUGGCCUUGGAGCCUUCGGGGUCGUACGCCGCCUCUCGCGAGGGUCAGGUGGGUCACGCUCCCCGAUGUCGCCCCGAUCGCCCCGCUCGCCCAUGUCACCACCUCCCCCACCUCCGUUCCCUGGACGCUGCGCACACCCCGUCGAGGUCGUCAAUCCUCCGCAUACUCCUGGUUGGCAUCGGCUCCGCAACAUCCCCGGUACCGGGCGGGGUCCCCUUCUCGCGCGUGUCGUGGACAUUACCAAGACCAGCAUCGACCGCGAUCGCCAGCUCGUUGUGGCGCUCACGUCGGCGGGCGAGGUGUGGGUGCGUAUGGCCGACUCGAUGGGCCGCGCUGCGCACGACGCGGGCAGCGCAACGCAGGAAGCAGGGUGGGAGUUCCUUCCGCAGAUGAGCUCGCCGACGAUGACACACGUCACAGCUGCCCCUUCUCCACACUGGAGCGCCCUUCGGACGCCUUACGUCUGCAUUGCGGCGUUUGGUGCACUCGAUGUGCGCCCAGGCGAGAGCCCGUUGCGUGUGGCACGUAUCGCAGCCGCAGACCUCGACAAGCUUGGCCUGGCUCGCGGUGUUGGCCCGCGCAUCACGCCCGAGCCCCUACCCCCCUUCUUCGCUGACACGGGAGUGGCACAGGUCGCGCUCGGACGCAAUCACGCCGCGGUACUCACGCACGCGGGCGAGAUCUAUAUCUGGGGUGACAACGAGAGCGGGCAGUGUGGGCUUGGCCGCGCGGGCGGCAAGGUGCGCACGCCGACCAAGGUGCCACUCGCCACCGACGAGACGGAGACGCCGCCAUUUGCCGUGCACGUUAGCGUCAGCGACUGGGGGACGUGCGCCAUUGCGUUCCCGCCGGUGCCGGCUUGGCUGAGCGGCAACGCAGGACCCGAGUCGGCCGCGGACGUCGUUGGGUGGGGCCAGGCCGACGAGGCGACGCCCAAGGGGCACGGGUUGCGUGCGAGCCUCCGUCGCAGCCUGUCCAACCGCGCCAAACGGUUUUCGUUCACGGCGGACUCGAAUACGGCGAGUCACGCGAUUGUGUCUUGA